CACAUUUUCCAUGGCUGUCCCGCUUUGGCUCGGGUUUGAUUUUCUUUUCCUGGUGGUCCUGGAAGUCUCCUUAUUCCGGUCCGCUAGCAUUGUGCUCGUUGUCCUGACGAGAACACAAUUGAAUCUGCUAUAGAGCCAAGAAAUCUGAAACUGCCAUAAUUGGCUAUCAAUUGCACCAGCUACAGCCUCUGGUUGUGCUCCUGCAUUCGGUGUUCGGUGCUUUCUGCCAAUUGUGACGGCAAUUAAGUUGAACCCCAGUGCCCUGCCCAGCGCCUAGAUUGCGACCCCUCACUCCGCCGACUCCGCCCCUCUUUUAAAAGUAAGCAAAAUCCCCGACCCUUCUCCCAUCUUUUUUCCCUGACUAUUCUCCCCCGCCCCUCACCUUUUCCAUUCCCUCCCAUCGGCAGGUUAGUUCUACUACCAAGCUACCUUAUCCUGUGGCUUCAUUUUAACCAACAGUCGUCGCUACAGCUUCCCCCACAUCACAUCAAAAUGUCCAACUUCAAGGUCGCCGAUAUCUCCCUUGCUGCCUUCGGGCGCCGCGAGAUCGAGCUCGCUGAGAACGAGAUGCCCGGUCUCAUGAAGACCAGAGAGAAGGUUAGACCUCGCAUUGUCUUCAAAGAUUAUCACAAUGUCUCUAAUUCUCCUUGUAGUAUGCUGCCGACCAGCCUCUCAAGGGUGCCCGCAUUGCUGGCUGCCUCCACAUGACCAUCCAGACUGCUGUCCUCAUCGAGACCCUGACCGCCCUUGGUGCUGAGGUUACCUGGACUUCCUGCAACAUCUUCAGCACCCAAGACCACGCCGCUGCCGCCAUUGCUGCCACCGGUGUGCCGGUCUUCGCCUGGAAGGGCGAGACCGAGGAGGAAUACAACUGGUGCUUGGAGCAGCAGCUCGUUGCCUUCAAGGACAACAAGAAGCUGAACCUUAUCCUUGACGACGGUGGUGAUCUCACUCACCUGGUCCACACCAAGUACCCCGAGAUGCUCGCCGACUGCUACGGUGUCUCUGAGGAGACCACCACUGGUGUUCACCACCUCUACCGCAUGCUCAAGGAGGGCAAGCUCCUUGUUCCUGCCAUCAACGUCAACGACUCUGUCACCAAAUCCAAGUUCGACAACUUGUACGGCUGCCGCGAGUCCCUCAUUGACGGCAUCAAGCGCGCCACCGACGUGAUGAUUGCUGGCAAGAUUGGUGUUGUUGCUGGUUUCGGUGAUGUUGGCAAGGGCUGUGCUCUCGCUCUCCAGGGUAUGGGUGCCCGUGUGCUCGUCACCGAGGUUGAUCCCAUCAACGCCCUCCAGGCUGCCAUGGCUGGUUUCCAGGUGACCACCAUGGAGAAGGCCGCCAAGGUCGGCCAGAUCUUCGUUACCACCACUGGCUGCCGUGACAUUCUGGUGGGCAAGCACUUCGAGGCCAUGCCCAACGAUGCCAUCGUCUGCAACAUCGGUCACUUUGACGUUGAGAUUGACGUUGCCUGGCUCAAGGCCAACGCCCAAUCUGUCCAGAACAUCAAGCCCCAGGUUGACCGUUUCCUCAUGAAGAACGGCCGCCACGUCAUCCUUUUGGCUGAGGGCCGUCUCGUGAACUUGGGCUGCGCCACUGGCCACAGCUCUUUCGUCAUGUCGUGCAGCUUCACCAACCAGGUGCUCGCUCAGAUCAUGCUCUUCAAGAACAACGAUGAGGCUUUCGCCAAGAAGUAUGUCGAGUUCGCCAAGAGUGGCAAGCUCGAGAAGAAGGUCUACGUCCUCCCCAAGAUCCUCGACGAGGAGGUUGCCCGUCUUCACUUGGACCACGUCAACGUCGAACUCGAGACUCUCACCAACGUCCAGGCUGAGUACCUCGGCCUCGACGUUGAGGGUCCCUACAAGAGCGACCACUACCGCUACUAA